AUGAGUCAGGAAGAAAAUCAAGACUCAACCAGUUCAAAUUUUGCUGUGGUGGUAACUGAUGAUUCAGGUGAAAUCGAAACUAUGCGAAGAGAUAAAUGUGAUUCAAAAUCUGUAGACUCCAUUCCAGAAGAUAUGAUGUCCAGUAAAGAAAGCCUUACUCCAGUUAUUGAAAUGGAUAAAGAAAUGUUAUUUAUGGAAAAUAUUUACCCAAUACGAUGA